AUGGAGAGAUUACAACAGAUAGGAAACCACAUAUUUGCAAGACAGGGCGUCAACACGAAGAGCCCCGACGACGUGGUGAUAGUGAGCGCGUACAGAACCGCGCUGACAAAGGCUGGUAAGGGGAAGUUCAAAGAUGUCAACUCCGACGAGCUGCUGAUGAAGCUGGUGGCCAAUAUGAUCCAAAAGGACAAGUUGGACGCGAGUCUGGUUGAGGAGGUUGUGGUGGGCAACGUGCUGAAUCCGGGUGCCGGCGUCAACGAGCACCGGGCCGCGGUGCUGGCAGCAGGGAUUCCUGCCUCGUCCUCGUUCGAGGCUGUCAAUCGGCAAUGUUCCUCGGGACUAAUGGCUGUCAACAGCAUUGCAAACAAAAUCCUGCUUGGUCAGAUCAGCUGUGGAUUGGCCGCGGGUGUUGAGAGCAUGUCACAGAACUACGGUCCGCAGGCUGCCCCGAAGAUUAGCGACGCAGUGCUCAAGAAGAACAGGGACGCCAAAGGGUGUCUUUUGCCAAUGGGCACUACAAGCGAGAACGUGAACGAGGCUUACAGCAUUUCUCGGCAAGACCAAGACGAGUUUGCAGCCAGGUCGUACCAGAAAGCCGAGUCUGCAGUGAAAGGCGGUCUGUUCAAGGAAGAGAUCAUGCCGAUCGAGGUGGAAAUUGCCGAGGAUGACGACGAGGACGAGGAAAAUGGUGGGGUGACCGCAAAAGUGACAGUCGACACCGAUGAAGGAGUCCGAGCAGGUGUCACCGCUGCGUCGCUUGCUAAACUUCGGCCCGCGUUCAAGAAAGACGGCAGCUCGCAUGCGGGGAACUCUUCUCAGGUCACUGACGGUGCUGCGGCUGUCUUAUUAAUGCGUCGUUCCUUGGCAACGGAAUUGGGGCUUAGUAUUCUCGGCAAGUACGUUGCUACCACCUCUGUUGGUGUUGCUCCCGAGAUUAUGGGUGUGGGGCCCGCAUAUGCCAUCCCAAAGCUGCUUGAGCGGUGCGGCAUUGCUGCAGACCAGAUUUCCGCUUUCGAAAUCAAUGAGGCCUUUGCAGGCCAAGCAUUGUUCACCGCCAAGCACAACAACAUCCCGCUCGAGAAGGUCAACCCACGCGGCGGAGCCAUUGCUCUGGGACAUCCGCUAGGAGCCACCGGGGCUCGUCAGGUGUGUACUCUGCUACGCGAGCUCGAGCCAGGCCAGCUGGGUGUCACCAGCAUGUGCAUUGCCGGAGGCCAAGGAGCUGCUGCCCUAUUUGUCAGAGAGUAG